AUGGAAUCGUCUGAUAAAUCGGUGGAGACAGUAAUGGUGGGAAAUUACGUAGAAAUGGAAAGAGAGUCGUCAGACGAGCCGAGAGGCUUCAAGUCGAAGGUGGCCCAAGUGCUUUUGACAUUGCCAUACUCAUUUUCACAGCUGGGCAUGAUUUCUGGAAUUGUUUUCCAGCUCUUUUACGGCUUAAUGGGAAGCUGGACGGCUUAUAUAAUUACUGUUCUGUACGUGGAGUAUAGAACAAGGAAAGAAAGGGAAAAGGCCGAUUUUAGAAACCACGUUAUUCAGUGGUUUGAAGUUCUUGAUGGGCUUCUGGGGAGAUAUUGGAGGAAUGUGGGCCUGGCUUUUAACUGCACUUUUCUUCUGUUUGGAUCUAAUUUGGUCAUUUCUUGGCCUCUUAAUGACCACUUACACUGCUUGGUUGAGGGGGUGAAACAUUCAGGCCCUACCAAGAUUGUGUUAUAUUUCACAGGAGCUACAAACAUUCUUUACACAUUUGGGGGACAUGCUGUUACUGUAGAGAUAAUGCAUGCAAUGUGGAAGCCACAAAAAUUCAAGUCCAUUUACUUGUUAGCCACAGCUUAUGUGCUGACACUAACCCUUCCAUCAGCGGCCGCUGUUUAUUGGGCUUUUGGUGAUUUGCUUCUCAACCAUUCUAAUGCUUUUGCUCUACUCCCAAGAUCACCUUUCAGGGACAUGGCCUUUAUAACGUUUGGAUUCGCAUGCACGCCUUUGUAUUUCGUGUGGGAAAAGGCCAUCGGCAUGCACGAGUGUAGGAGCUUGUGCAAACGGGCGGCCGCCAGACUGCCGGUGGUGGUCCCAAUAUGGUUCUUAGCCAUAGUGUUUCCAUUCUUUGGCCCUAUAAACUCGACCGUCGGAUCGCUUUUAGUGAGCGUCACGGUCUACAUUAUCCCGGCAUUGGCUCAUAUCUUCACCUUCCGAUCUGCCGUGGCUCGUGAGAAUGCAAUUGAGCAGCCUUCAAAGUACUUUGGCAAAUGGGUGGGCACAUAUGUGAUCAACAUUUUUGUGGUUGUGUGGGUUUUAAUUGUUGGGUUCGGGUUCGGUGGUUGGGCCAGCAUGAUCAAUUUCAUCCACCAAAUUGACACAUUUGGGCUUUUCACUAAAUGCUACCAGUGCCCGGCCCAGGCCCAACUGCCGCCACACUUGGCCAAUGCCACCGCGCCUUUUCCACCUCCCAAGGCCAACGCUUAUCCUUUGCCGCUAAGUCCUCACGCCAUUUGA